AUGAGCCAGUCUUCCGCUCCCUCUUUAGACGAUGCCGCUUCAUCACACCAAAUUAUAUUUUCCAUCAAUUCUGUUGAUAAGGAUGUAACAAAUCAAGCAAACCCAAUACCACCAUCCUCCUCCUCCUCCGAGAAUGAUCCCAGUUCAAAAGAUCAAGUGAUAAGCAGACCAUCCCCUUCCACGAACAUCACUUCAACAGCAUUGCAAACACUUCCGACGAGCAAUGCUCUCUCUGGAUUUUCCGUCAAGUAUACAUGGAGAAAUAUUCCUAUGGAAGUACUUGUUGAAAUUUUUAAAUAUUUAGAUCAAAACACAUUAAGUUCUUCAUCGUUGGUGAGUCGAGAGUGGUACCAUUCUUCGAAACAUGAUUUGUUGUGGUAUGAUAAUUGUGUGGAAUUAUUUAAGAAAAUUUACUCCGAGCAAAUUGAUUACUAUGUGAGUGAGAGACAACGAAUUGGAUAUAUGAAAACAUAUGGAACACCAAUUCCUCCUCCACCUAAGAAACCUCUUGUUGAAGAUUAUGUGACAUUCGAUAAUGACAAUAAGAUUAUUAGUAUUGGUACUUUGAGAAAUUUACACAUCAAACACGGAAAAAAACAGUACAAAGAACGAAAGCGAAUUGCUAAAGAAAAAAGAAUCAGACAGAUAAAAGAGAAAUAUCACAACAAGUUAAGAAAUCACACAAAACCUUUUAUCAUCACCAGCACUUCCUUGCUGUAUGCUGGAUUUUUACUAUUUUUCAUCAUGACCGGUAUUACUGAUGCAGUAGAUCCACCAAUAUUUAAUGCCAUUGGUGUACGGUGGCAAAUAUUUUCUUUCAUUCCGUUAUGGUUCACUUUCGCUGUCGCUUUUUUAAUAACGACCUAUUUCACCUGUCUGGAUUGUUUAAGGGAAUUUCGUGAAGGAUUUUGGUUAAUAGCAGUUUUGAUGAAAGGAUUAAUUGCUUCUUUUUUAAUUGUUGCAGUAUUGACAUUUAUUAACUUGCUGUUGCCGUUCACUGAAAAAACUCUCCCCAAUGGAAUGGUGACACGAACCUAUGUCAUAUCAUGGUUCUACGUUUUAAUUAUACCCUAUUUGUACUUUUUAGUAGUAAUUUUUGCUGUCCCUAUUGGUAGUUGCAUUUUCGCUACUCGAAUCUUUAAAGAUGAUAGACCAAAAUUUCCACUCUAUUUGUGGUAUAUUACUGGAGUGAAUUUUUUGGCGUUUCUUCUUGAAUCAUUUGUGGUCAUGUUAGGAUUUGGUUUAGAGUUUGCAGAAAGUGGUUUUUAUCUCAUGUAUGCAGCAAUUCCAUUUGAAUUAUUUUUCAUCAUUGGAUUUUUCACUUUCAUGCAUUACAUGAUUAAGAAAAUUAGAGAAAGCACUGGAGUUUCAUUUAUAGGAACAGAUGCAGAAAUAUUGUUAUGGUUCAUGAUAUUUUCUGGUCUCUUAUUUGUCAAUGUAGCGGUGGUGUCAUUUUCUCCAUUCCUUGGUCAUUAUACUUGGUUUUCAUCUUUACCUCCUCUCACUUGUGCCUUUGCCUUUACCAUUCGAACUGUAAGAAAAUAA